GUGUGUGUGUUCACAUGAGAGAGGGAGGGGGGAGGAUUUAGUGGGACUCUCAUGCAGACAGUAGAGCGGCUGUCAGUGUCAGACAGAUACUCUCCGGCACCAGGCGCUGGAGUCCGCCUACGUUCCCUUCGCUGGCCACCUGCCUUUCCCAGAAUAAAACAGGGCAGUAAAAAAAAAACAGCUCUAACAGAACUAAAGGAAUACGAGUGAGUGACUGCAGUCCAUCGCUUUGGGAAUCAAGCCUACUUCCUUAACGACCCCCCCCCCCCCCCCACGUCUCGGUCCCGGUUACCCACUUGACGACGCUUGUUUGUUUGGGUUAGUGACCAGCAAAUUGAGCAGCUCUCAGCGGCCCCGGCAAACCUGGCUGCCACUUGCAUGGAUGCACCAUGGCCACGUUUGUGUGCAGGGUUCAGUUUUUAGACGACACCGAUCCGUUCAACAGCACCAACUUCCCGGAACCCACCCGACCGCCGCUGUACACCUUCAGGGAGGACAUCCCGCUCAUCAAUCAACUCGCUGGCAUCCACCGGCUGCUCAAGGCUCCGCACAAGCUCGACGACUGCGCGCUGCAGCUCUCCCACAAUGGCACCUAUCUGGACCUGGAGUCUUCCUUGGCGGAGCAAAGGGACGAGCUGGAAGGAUUCCAACAGGAUGACGCGGGGUCCAGAGGGAAAAAGCACAGCGUUGUUUUACGAACCCAGCUGACGGUCCGCGUCCAUGCCUGCAUUGAACGACUGUACAACUCCAAUGGACGUGACUUGAGGAGAGCGCUGUUUUCGCUCAAGCAAAUCUUUCAGGAUGACAAAGACCUUGUCCACGAGUUUGUGAUGGCCGAAGGCUUGACGUGUCUCAUCAAAGUGGGCGCAGAAGCCGACCAAAACUACCAGAACUACAUUUUAAGAGCCCUGGGACAGAUCAUGCUGUAUGUUGACGGGAUGAACGGCGUCAUUGGCCACGCCGAGACAAUCGAGUGGCUUUACACGCUUGUCGGGUCAAAGUUCCGUCUCGUGUUAAAAACAGCCAUGAAACUGUUACUGGUCUUUGUGGAGUACGCCGAGUCCAACGCGCCGCUUCUCAUCGAAGCCAUCGCCUCGGCUGAUUCCAAGAGAGGUUGCAAAGCGUGGUCUAAUGCUAUGGAGAUCUUGCAAGAGAAAGACGGCGUGGACACCGAGCUGCUGGUCUAUGCCAUGACUCUCAUCAAUAAGACUUUGGCAGCCUUGCCAGAUCAAGACUCUUUCUACGACAUGGUGGACGGUCUGGAGGAGCAAGGAAUGGAGACGGUAACUCAGAGACACCUGAAUCGGAAAGGCACCGAUCUGGACUUGGUUGAGCAGCUCAACAUCUACGAGUCCACUCUUCGGCACGAGGACGGAGACGACGACGGCCAGCCUCCGCCGACGGGUCGCCGGGAUCGCCGGCGAGCGAGCAUCGGGGGCGGUGCUAAGCGCUGCGGCUUGGAGAGGAGGCGCAGCCGCAGGGCUUCGCUGGUGCGAUCGGGACAGGCGUCCCCCUGCAGCCCCGGGUCCCCCCAGAGGACGGCCUUUCACCCCUUUAACGGACAGAGGCCCGAGGAGAUUAGCGAGAGAGAUGAGGAAUGUGAGGAUGCGGUGAUCAAGCGGUCCCAAGAGGAUGAGCCUGCACUGACUGAGCCUGAUUUUGAUGAAAACGAUGACGCUUUUUUGCCUAGCCAGAGUAGUACCAGCCCGGUAAGGCAUCUUCCAUCUAUCAUUCAACGGACAUUCCAGUCCAUCACCAUCACGUCCAAACCCGUCCGCGAGCGAGAUGCCGGCAAUCGGAAGGCAUCCCCUCCGGCAAGCUCCCCCUCGGCUCCGGUAUCACCCCCUCCUCCCAUGCCCCCCCCCCUCAGCGCCCCCUCACUUUUGGCCGCCCUGUUGGCCAGGAAGAGGGUGACCAGCACCGUGCCGGCCACCAACGAGAUCGGGCAGCCGUUGCGCGGCGGCUCCCGUUUCUCCCCCGAGCACCUGCCCUACAAGCCACACUCGCCCUUCCACCUCUUCUCCUACGAUCUGGAUGAUGAGACGUCACCUCAAUCUCCAUCCAAACCCUGCGUGGAGACGGACAAUACCGCCUUUCCAAGGAACGGGGGUCUCGCGUCUCACUCCGCUCACAGCGGCCCCUCGACGCCCACCAGUCCCAGGGCUCCCCUGGGAGGUCUCCUCUCCUCCUCGUACCGGCAACACCAGGAGUCCUUGGCGGCCGAACGAGAGCGGCGGCGCGUGGAGAGGGAGGAGAGGCUACAAAGGAUCGAACGAGAAGAGAGGUCCAAACACAGCCGAGACUAUGUGGAUAAAAUGGAAGAGGCCAGGGUGGCGCGGGAAGAAAGGUAUAAGAAUGUAGAGCGCCUGGCGGCCGAGGAAUACGAGAAGGAGCGCGUUCCCCGCGGGCCGAGGACUCACCCCGACUUCGACCUGACCUUCGAACCCUCCGAGACGUGGCGGCCGUCGUCGACGCGCAGCAGCACCCCGUCGUCACGGGAGGACGGCGAGGCCGACGACGAAGCUGAACGCGCCGCCGGACCUUACGCGCCUUCUCGAGACGAAGAGGCCGAUGACUCGAGGGCCGGCGUAGGACCCGAGGACAAAGAGGCUGAAGAAGAAGCAGAGGAGCAAGAGGAGGAGGAAGAGGAGAAAAAGGAGGAAGCGGAAACAGAAAGCGAGGGGGAAGGCGAGGAGGAGGAGCCUCCUCCAGCGGCAAAGGAGCACGAGGAGGCGGAGGAGGACAGCGGCAUCCUGAGCGACAAGGAGCGGCAAAAUGAGGAGGUGAACGAGAAGGACAACUGCUCCGCCUCCAGCAUCUCCUCAGCCAGCAGCACCCUGGAGAGAGAAGAACGAGCCAACGCUGACAACGCCCUCAAAGAAGACGAAGCGAACAAACAAAGCAGCAAACUCAACAGUAAACUCUUCAUGCUGGACAUGUUGUACUCGCAAAACAAGAAGCCGUGCGAGGAGGAUGAGGAGGACGACGCCGAGAAGGAGAAAGAGGAGACGCGCAAGGACGCCGAGAGACAGUCCAGCGAUGAACCGGAGGACAACAAAUCCGAGCAACGGGGGAGCAUACGGCAGUUCGCCGAGCGCUUCGGAGACUUGAUCAAGGACAUGAGCGGCCCCCACCCUCAUUUGGACAUCCAAGGCGACGACGUGACGCCGCUUCCUGCUCUCAAGAAGGAGUCGGAAACCAUCUGGGACCAACUCUUAGCCAGCCCUCGAGAGCUGCGCAUCGGCGACAUCGACUUCACGGACCUGACGGAGGCCGACGACGUCGACAUCCUGGACGCCACUCUGACGGACGGCUGCGGCGACCUGCCGCCCCCUCCCCCUCCUCCUCCUCCUCCGCCUCCGCCGCCUCCUGCGCUCUCCUUCCCCUCCUUCCCUCCGCCCCCGCCCGUGCUGGGCACUUGUCCGCCCCCGCCUCCCUUGUCGGCGAUGACGCUGCCUCCUCCGCCUCCGCCGUCGUUCGGUUCCCGAAUGCCCGGGCCGCCCCCUCCUCCUCCUCCCGAGCCGCCUCUCUUCAACAAGAAGAAGAAGACCAUCAGGUUGUUCUGGAAUGAGGUGCGUCCGGAAUCGCCGCACAGGGACUACAGGAGAAAUGGAGACUCGGUUUGGUCCAAACUGGAUUCGGUGAAAUUAGACACAGCCAAACUGGAACAUCUGUUUGAGUCCAAGUCGAAAGAAAUGCCUGUGAUGAAGAAAACGGCAGCGGACGGCAAGCGGCAAGAGAUCAUCGUGCUGGAUUCCAAAAGGAGCAACGCCAUCAACAUCGGCCUGACCGUCCUGCCCCCCCCUCGCACCAUCAAGACGGCAAUCCUCAACUUUGACGAAUAUGCGCUCAACAAGGAAGGCAUUGAGAAAAUCCUCACCAUGAUCCCCACGGAGGAGGAGACGCAGAAGAUCCAGGAGGCUCAGCUGGCUAAUCCCGACACCCCUAUGGGCUCGGCCGAGCAGUUCCUGCUCACCUUGUCCUCCAUCAGCGAGCUCUCUGCCCGACUGCAGCUGUGGGCCUUCAAGAUGGACUACGAGGCAACGGAAAAGGAAGUAGCUGAGCCAUUGCAGGAUCUCAAGGAGGGAAUGGAACAACUAGAGAAGAACAAGACUCUUCGCUACAUUCUCUCCACAUUGCUCGCAAUCGGGAAUUUCCUCAAUGGAACCAACGCGAAAGGUUUCGAGCUGACAUACUUGCAGAAGGUGCCCGAAGUAAAGGACACGGUCCACAAACAGUCUUUGUUACAUCACACCUGCUCUGUGGUGGUGGAGAACUUUCCUCAAAGCACGGACCUCUACUCGGAAAUCGGGGCCAUCACACGUUCCGCAAAGGUGGAUUUCGACCUACUGCAGGAGAACCUGGGUCAGAUGGAGCGUCGCUGCAAAGCCUCGUGGGACCACCUGAAGGUGAUCGCCAAGCACGAGAUAAAACCGCAGCUCAAGCAGAAGAUGUCGGACUUCCUCAAAGACUGCGCGGAGCGAAUCAUCAUCCUCAAGAUCGUCCACCGCAGGAUCAUGAACAGGUUCCACUCGUUCCUGUUGUUUCUGGGGCAGCCGGCUUACAAUGCGAGAGACGUCAGCGUGCACAGGUUCAGUAAGAUCCUCAGCGAGUUCGCUCUGGAGUACCGGACGACCCGAGACCGCGUGCUGCAGCAAAAACAGAAACGCGCCGACCACCGCGAGCGCAACAAGACGCGAGGCAAGAUGAUUGUGGACGUCGACGCGACAGUGAGUUGCCCCGCCCACAUGACCUCUUCGCCGCACCCUCAGAGUGGGAGGCAUGGUCCAAACAGCGCCCCUAGCGGCUGCCAGAGCGAUCAGCCCCAAGGUCUGGGCCACGCGGAGGACGCCGCAGAACACGAGCACAUGAAAGCCGUGCUUCGAACGAGCCUCAGCUGCGGUGCCGACAAGGACGGAAGCGGUGUGCCGGGCCUGCGGACGCGCACUCGUUCAAGACCGGGACGGGGAGGUAGCAGCAUGCGGGCGCGGACGCCGGCCGUGGAAGACGCCGAGGUGUGCGGAGACGACGCCGCCGAUGAAAUCAUGGAGCGCAUCGUCAGGUCCGCCACUCAGGCUCCGGGAAGUAGACCGCAACCUCGAGAGAGGAGGAGGUCGAGGGCCAACCGAAAAUCAUUGAGGCGGACCCUGAAAAACGGUUUGACCCCGGAAGAAGCGUUGGCGUUGGGUUUGACCGAGUCCGGCGAGCCGCAAGUGUAAUCCACGCCCCUCCGGGGGGGUCUGUCCUGGUUGCCGUAGGCAACCGGUCCUUCACUCCGUCUGCUGCCUUUGCUACACGGUCUACUUGUUGCACCAAGCAGAAGCUCCUGGUUUCUGUCAGCUGCUAACCUUGCCGGAUGUGUCUAAGCGCUGGAGUCAGUGUUGUUUUGUUUGUUUAUUUGUUUGUUUGAAUGCUGCACAAAGACAAUCCUCCUGACGGUGUGACGAACAAAGAGGAGGCAUCGUGACCAGGAGGAAAAGCGACGCUGCCGCUAGCGCUAAUCGAAACGACUGUUAUUUAAUGACGUCACCGUGAAUCCUAUUUAAGCUGUGAACGAAUGACCCAAAGAUAAACUGAUCACUCGCACCCACUUCCAAAGUACCUUCAUGACAAGAAUCACGGCGAGAAAGGCAAACCUGAAACGGUCGCUUGUGGCAAACGAAAGCUCUUCAAUUGACUGUGUGCCUUUCUCGGAUCAAAAGGGACAAUGCUGUAUUGCUUCACUCGCCUGCUUCCUCGGAGUGGCAGAAAAUUAACUUUUCAGUUUGGGGCGGAAAUGUUCUCAGUAUUUAUUUGAAAGCUCUCAGUCUCACUCUCAAGCUUUUUGCACCCUUACUAAGUCACUCUCGCGGUAAAGGAGGUUUUUUUUAUUUUUGAGGAACUGUUUGUAAAGUGUAAAAAGACAAGAUUCUUUUUUUUUUUUACAAUUAUUAAAGUAUUUGAAAGACAUGCAGCGAAGACGUGUACAUGCCCUGUUACAUCGGUGUUCGUAGCGUGCACGUGCAGUGCAGUUCAAGUUGUUUAUAAUAUUUGUAGAAAGCUGUAUUAUAGUUGGAGCAAAACAAACAGAAGAGCCUAAUAUGUAAAAUAUGAAACGAACACAAGUGGAAACUGUAGAUUUGGUUGUGUUGUGGGAAGUAUUGUUUUUAUGGAGCUACUCCUCGCUACUUUUGCUUUCAAAGCAUUGUUGGGUUUUUUUUUUAAACGUUAUCAAGAUGAAGGGAAUGAAGGCCCUUCAAUAACCUGGGAAAUAGAUCAGGCCAUGAAGUCCAAUUGUCUCACUUGAAAUGCUGUUUGGACAUGUUCUACCAGAAUAAAAAUAAAACUAUGUGUGGAGGUG